AUGGCUCUCACAGCGACGCAUCUACAAUGCCACUGUGCAGCAGUCUAUGAGCCAGCAACACUCCUCAAGGACGAAACGCUCCCACUCAAGAAUGAUAUGUGCCACUGUUCCAUGUGUCGUUUUUCGACUGGGAGCUUGGCAGCAUGGUUUGCUGGCCUCAAGAGGAGUCCCAGCGACAAAUCAAUGAGCAGCGUCACAGCGUACAAUGCAACCAAAACCGCGACGAGAUAUUUCUGCAACACCUGCGGCUGCAAUGUCUUUGUCCAUAUGAUGGAAGAGGGGCGAUGGCUGGCUUGUGCGGGGAUCGUGGAGGUGUGUGUCAACGAGCAGAAGGGAGGAGGCGAUUCUUCUAAUGAGGGCAAGGUGUUAGGAAAGGAGGACUUGAAGGAAGAUAGGUACGGCAAGGAAGAGCGCGUGCUGUCUAACCCCAGGUAUCAUGAAUACGUCGGGUCUGCAGCAGACGGCGGUCUUGCGCCGUACAUGAUGAAGCUGGGCGGGCGGGACAUACCAUCGUACACCACCGAACCAGGUAUUGACGGCGACAAGACCCUCGACCCUGCGGACGUGCUGGCCCUACGCACGAACGCAAACGUAUCGCCAUCCGCGCGAGGCAGCAGCAUACAAGUCGCGUGCAUCUGCGGCGGCGUUGAGCUGCGUAUAGCGCCCCCCCCGUACAACGACACCAGCGAAGGCUGGUACGUAACGUCUGACAAAUCCAAGUACUACGCCCGCCUGUGCAACUGCAGAUCCUGCCGCUUGACCCUGGGCUUCCCCUUCCAGCCGUGGACGUAUAUUCCGCCGUCCCGGCUUUUCACCACGGCAGGCGACCAAUUGAUCGUGGGCCCGAAGGCGAAGGACACGAAGCAGAUUCAGAAACUGAAGUACUAUCAGAGCUCGGAGUCGGUACUCAGGGGCUUCUGCGAAGGGUGUGGAGCCACGAUGUUCUAUCAGAGCUUUGACCGGCCGUAUAUCAUCAAUGUCUGUGCUGGUGUUGCUAGGAGUAAGGUCGGCAAUGUCAUGCUUGGGGAAUGGUUGCAGUGGGAUCGGAAGGUGGUUAGUAAGAGGGAGGAAGCGGUUGAGGAGGAGAUGAUUGAGGCGUGGUUGAGGGCCUAG